AUGGGGUCGGGUUCCUCGCGCCAGCGGCGCCAGGCGGAGGCGCAGCCGCGGCAGUACCCGCAGGCGCCGCAGUACUACGCCCAGCCGCAGACUAACGGCCAGAUGUACGGCGGCUUCCAGCAGCAGUCCUACCACGUGCGCGCCUCCCCUCCCCGCCCGGAUCUGGCGUGGCGCGCGCUGCUCUAA